AUGGUCCUGGUCUCAGCCUCGACGAUUACGCCAUUGUCGUAGCAUUAGUACUCGUGGCCGCGACGGCCGGAAUGGUUAUAGCCAUCGGUCAAGCUGGAGCUGGUCGUCAUGUUUGGGCCCUUAGCGUUGAUGAUCUGGUUCAGACUUCAAAGCUGCUAUACAUCUACAGCUUUGUCUUCUGCACCGCGGUGCUCACCACCAAGAUUUCUAUCCUCCUAUUCUACCGGCGUGUUUUUAUGGGAAACGUGUUGUCUUUCCGGUUGUCGAUUUGGACAGGUGCCUUCCUCGUCGGCUCAUACCCCGUCUACUUCAUGAUCACGAUGGGGCUCUAUUGUAGUCCUCUUUCACACUACUGGACUCAAUUCAAGGGCACUACCGGCACGUGUAUAAACGUCGGUCGCUUCUUCUUUAUUUUGGCCAUUAUCAAUCUCAUCACAGAUGUGAUCCUCCUGCUUAUUCCGGUACCCGAGAUCCUUAGACUCCAUAUGAAAAAGGACAAGAAGAUUGCUGUUUGUGGCAUUCUCGGCUUAGGAGGCUUCGUCUGUAUCGCUAGUGCUGUUCGCGUCCACUACCUUAAGGUCUUCUCGACGGCAACAGACGUAACAUGGAUGAUGGGUCCUGUAGCCAUAUGGUCUUCCGUUGAACCUUCUGUGGGCAUCUUUUCUGCUUGCCUUCCUAGUUUCAAACCAUUGCUCAGGGCUUUGCGAGCAAGAAAUAUGAACUCCAGCAGUUCGAAUGGCAAAGUUUCAGCUUACCCACUGGGUUCGAGAGGUGGACCUCGAAGUACGAGACCCAGAUUGAGAUUGGAUGACGAAGUUGCCUUACAGAGUCGGGCAAUUGGUGGCGGAGGUAGUGGAAGUGUAUAUAGCGGAACUGACAGUGAAUUUGGACGCCAUAUUCAUGUCAAGACCCACUUCAAACAGACAAUCAACGGGGUUGACUGAAUGAAUGCCAAUUGGGUGGCAUACAUUUAGUUUACAUCCGAAAGGUUGGUAGACAGAUGCGAUAAGGUAGGCAGUGGAAGGACCUAUGGGCCAUUCAUGGAGACGACUUAAGAAGCCUUACUACUUGCAUACUCGGGAAAAGUCUAUGGAUAUCUCUUGACCCUGCUCCGUUGUUUGUAUGCGUACUAGACAUACCACGCUAUUGGCUCGUUAGUAUGGAGUUAAUUUAUUCUCUAUCGUCGACUUGAACGGUAUCUUUGUGAAAUAAGUUAAUCUUGG